AUGGAAUACUACCAUUGCCUUUGCCUUAUCUAUCCCUCUCUUCUCUCUCUCUCUCUCCCUCUCUACAUAAAACAAACCCAACUCACAUUACAACACACGUUCAUUUCAUAGACAUAAAUACCCUUUAUUUUUUAAAUGCAAAAAUCAACAAAAAGAAGAAGAAACUGGUCUGAAAUGACGCAAUAGCCCCUUCCUUUGUUCUCCUGUGAUUGUGAAUUCAUUCACCUUUUCUUCUCGUUUGUUGAGCGCUUCUCUCUGCUUCUGCUUCUGCUUCUGCUUCUGCCUCUGCUUCAUCUCCUUCUUCAUCUUCAUCACCACCUCGGCUGCUAUAGGAACUCAUCAUGGUGGCCACUGCUGCUACUUCUUCAUUUUUCCCGGUGACUUCGUCCUCGCAAGACUCGGGUGCAGCUGGCGCCAAGCUUGGAGGUGGGCAUGUGAGCCUUGGAGGACAUAAAUCCAAGCAUGGUUCUUCUGGUGGCUUGCAAGUGAAGACAAAUGCCCAGGCCCCUUCGAAGAUUAAUGGUACCACAGUGGCUACUCAUUCAGAAAGCUUGAAGCAUGACGGUGAUUUGCCUAUGCAUGCUCCCAGGACUUUUAUCAAUCAGUUACCUGAUUGGAGCAUGCUUCUUGCUGCUAUCACAACAAUUUUCUUGGCGGCGGAAAAGCAGUGGAUGAUGCUUGAUUGGAAGCCGAGGCGACCUGACAUGCUUGUUGACUCCUUUGGUAUAGGAAGAAUUGUUCAGGAUGGUCUUGUGUUCCGUGAAAACUUCUCUAUUAGAUCAUAUGAAAUUGGUGCCGAUCGAACAGCGUCUAUAGAAACAGUAAUGAACCAUUUGCAGGAAACGGCACUUAAUCAUGUUAAGACUGCUGGGCUUCUUGGUGAUGGCUUUGGUUCUACUCCAGAAAUGUGUAAAAAGAAUUUGAUUUGGGUAGUUACUCGGAUGCAGGUAGUGGUCGAUCGUUAUCCUACUUGGGGUGAUGUUGUUCAAGUAGACACUUGGGUUUCUGGAUCUGGGAAGAAUGGUAUGCGUCGUGAUUGGCUUUUACGUGACUGCAAAACUGGUGAAAUAUUGACGAGAGCCUCCAGUGUUUGGGUCAUGAUGAAUAAACUGACCAGGAGGCUGUCUAAGAUUCCAGAGGAAGUGAGAGAGGAGAUAGGAUCUUAUUUUGUGGAUUCUGCUCCAAUUCUGGAAGAGGAUAACAGAAAACUGCCUAAACUCGACGACAAUACUGCAGAUUAUAUUCGUUCUGGUUUAAGUCCUAGAUGGAGCGAUCUAGAUGUCAAUCAGCAUGUUAACAAUGUGAAGUACAUUGGCUGGAUUCUGGAGAGUGCUCCACAGGCAAUCCUGGAGAGUCAUGAGCUUUCUUCCUUGACUUUAGAAUAUAGGAGGGAGUGCGGCAGGGACAGCGUGUUGCAGUCUCUCACUGCCGUAUCUGGGGCUGAUGUGGACAAUCUAGCCCACAGCGGACAAGUUGAGUGCAAGCAUUUGCUUCGACUUGAAGAAGGCGCUGAAAUUGUGAGGGGCAGAACUGAGUGGAGGCCAAAACCUGCGAACAACUUUGAUACCGUGAAUCAGGUUCCGGCAGUCAGCACCUAAGUCGGAUUGAAGGUUGGAAUCGCAUCAGUCUCCAUGCCACCAUGUUCAAACUGGUUCUGACCUCUGGAGAGUUUUGCUUGCGCUACAUGUCCUGGUGGGGGAGGGAGGGAAGGUAGCAUUGAUGAUGAUCAUGCUCAUUGUAAAUUAGCUCCUGCUCUACUCUGUUUCUCUCUGCUCCGUAUUUUGAUUUCAUUUCUGGUUGCUCUGAUGCUAGGCUGUUCGUCUUCAAUAUUUAAUUGCUUGAUUAAAAUGGGUAGGCAUGUAUAUUAUUUUAUUCUUUUUCUAAAGAUGCAAUUUUCCUUGUGAACACAACAAGCACGCCUUUAGGCAAGAAUGAGUUGUUCGUAUAAAUACAACUGUGAUUGUUUGCUCCAUCUUGUAAUGUUUGCCAGCUUAGUCCCACAUGGGAAUUAUUGGAUGCACAAACUCCCUUCUCCUUCAA